UCCCAGUGCCACAGAAGAAACUUAAGGCGUACCUGCUUAAAGGCACCGCGGGCUGUCAUCAGCUUGGAGAUAGUGUUUUCCCUUUAUUUCCUCUAUUAAAAAGUUUAAGACGGAGAACAAACAUCGGUUUAUUCAGAGGAAAGAGGCGGAACUGUGAGAUUAACACAGAAACUGUUCUUCGGCGACGGAUUAGAUCAAAUUACGAGGAGCGUGUGUUGCUGUUAAAGAUGCGGAAACCACAGAAGCGGUCCAAGUCUGGAUUUUGAGCUAUACAACGUGUGCAUGAGCGGGAAGCAGCAUGCCAAGGCUAAAGAGUAAAAUUGUUCCAAGUUGGACUGAAACGGUAUGAAGUUUAUUUUGGGUGGGAUAACCCCAGUGCUAUGAAUCGACUCAUUCUUCCUACAUUCCUCGGAAUUUGCGGGUUUUCGUUGGACAACCACAAUGUCAAAAGUUAUUCAGAAGAAGAACCACUGGAUCACAAAAGUGAACGAGUGCGCCGUCAUCCGGGACGCCAGUGGGGAGUUGAACGUGGAGCUGCACGGUGGAGCAGAGAAUGGAGAGUUUGCAUACAUCGGGCAAAUCAGGGAGGAUGCUGUGGUUUCCCAGGACGGGAAACUGUCUGUGGGAGAACUGCUGCUAGAAGUUGAGGGGCUGUCAGUGUCUGGACUACCCCUUUAUGACAUCUACACUGUGAUCAACUGCUGUAAAGGACCUGUCAGGUUAAAAACUGUUCGUCAAGGUCACAAGCUCAACAAGGACCUGAAGCACUUCUUGAGCUUGAGGUUUCAGAAAACGUCGCCUGACCAUGAGUUGCAGAAGACCAUCCGAGCCAAUUUAUAUCGCCAUGCUGUGCCUUGUACGACCCGCCCCCCUCGAGACGGAGAGGUUCCAGGGUUGGAUUACAACUUCCUGUCUGUGGACGACUUCCUACAAUUGGAGGAGAGUGGCACACUACUGGAAGUAGGAACGUAUGAAGGUAACUAUUAUGGGACCCCAAAGCCUCCACGGCAGCCCAUCAUUGGGACAGUGACUCUCAGUGAUGCGGGCUCCCAUCCGUCCACACCAAAGCGCACCAAGUCCUACAAUGACAUGCAAAAAGUCCGCGUAGUGCCUGCUGACGACGACGAUGACGACCAGGCCACGGAAAUGAACAACAGUUUUACAGGAUCCUUAGUGCGUAGUCUCUUCCCCUCUCCUUUGUUGUGCACAGGUAACCCUAACGACCAGGACGAGAGCCGCAGCGGCAUCCUCCGUCCGUACCCCGUGCGUGAUAAUGCUCUGCCCUGUGGUCUAAACAAUGCAGCCACCUCCACUGCAGAGAGCGGGCAGCAGACGCUUGCAGAACCCCAGGUCUCUCCAGAGGACCCUCUGGGACCACUGCCCGAAAACUGGGAGAUGGCCUACACCGAGAACGGGGAACUGUACUUCAUAGACACGGCAAAGACUCUCCACCAGGACAUGGCUGUGUGUUUUCAGAGCUUCCACAACACAAAGACCACAUCCUGGCUGGAUCCCCGGUGUAGAGACAAAGCCCCCCGCCCUCUGGAAGAGUGUGAUGAUGAUGAAGAAGGGAUACAUACAGAAGACCUGGAAAGUGAUCUAGAGCUGCCUCCAGGAUGGGAGAGAAUAGAUGACCCGGUGUACGGAGUGUAUUAUGUGGACCAUAUAAACAGGAAGACCCAGUAUGAGAACCCAGUGGUGGAGGCGCGGCGUCAAAAAAUCCUAGAGCAGCAACAGCCGCCGCAGCCUCCAGAAGGUGAGCGGUAUAUCCGAGAGUGGAUAGAGGAGCAUUCGUCAGCUGCAGCUCCUCUGGCAAACUAUGCUCCAAACCACCUGGAGACCUACAGGGACCCACAAGUCCCACCCGCUCUACCUCCCGGCCCAGUCGGAGUUAAAAGGGGGAAACCUUUCUUCACCAGAAACCCUGCAGAGCUGAAAGGAACCUUCAUCAACACCAAGCUGAAGAAAAGCCGCCGUGGAUUUGGCUUCACGGUAGUCGGAGGUGACGAGCCGGAUGAAUUCCUGCAGAUCAAAAGUCUGGUGCUGGACGGGCCUGCAGCUGUGGAUGGCAAAAUGGAGACAGGUGAUGUGAUUGUCAGUGUGAAUGACACCAUUGUGCUGGGCUACACCCAUGCACAGGUGGUGAAGAUUUUCCAGUCCAUCCCUAUCGGCUCAAUGGUGGACCUGUCCUUAUGCCGCGGCUAUCCGCUGCCGUUUGACCCCGAUGACCCCAACACCAGCCUAGUGACCUCUGUGGCGAUUUUGGACAAGGAGCCGAUCAUUGUCAAUGGACAAGAGACUUUUGACGCUCCCAGCAACCAGGCCGGACCCAUCAAUGGCAUGGGCGAGCCGCGGCCGCACAGCCCCUCUGCGGAGAUAGCAUCCAACGGUUCACACGGCUACUCCACCGACGUUGUCACCCUGGCCUCGGCCAUCGCCACCCAACCAGAGCUGAUCACCAUCCACAUGGAGAAAGGAGACAAGGGGUUUGGGUUCACUAUUGCUGACAGCCUGACGGGAGGCGGACAGAGGGUCAAGCAGAUAGUGGACUAUCCUCGGUGCCGUGGUCUGAAGGAGGGAGACAUUCUGAUGGAGGUCAACAAGAGAAAUGUCCAAAAUAUGAGCCACAACCAGGUGGUGGAUCUGCUCAGCAAAUGUCCGAGAGGCAGUGAAGUCACCAUGUUGGUGCAAAGAGGCGUGGUGCCAGCCAAGAGAAGCCCAAAGCUGGUGCACCAGUUGGAGAGAAAGGACAGUCAGAACAGCUCCCAACACAGCGUGUGCAGCCAUCGCAGCGCUCACACCGACUCUCCCAGCCACCCACCCUCUGCCAUGCCCAGCGAGGCAGUGGUCCCCACUCCUGCAGCUCCCACACAGCCUCUGCCGGUCUUGCCCCCCCAGGACCCCGCAGAUGGUACUCUCACCCUCCAGAAGAAGCCAGACCCCUUCAAGAUCUGGGCCCAGUCCAGAAGCAUGUAUGAAAGUCGACUGCCAGAUUGCCAGGAGCAAGACAUUUUCCUUUGGCGGAAGGAUACUGGCUUUGGCUUCCGCAUUUUGGGAGGAAAUGAGCCUGGAGAACCCAUCUACAUCGGGCAUAUAGUGAAGUAUGGGGCUGCAGAUGAAGAUGGCCGCCUGCGGUCGGGUGAUGAGCUCAUCUGUGUGGACGGCACAGCGGUAGUGGGCAAGUCCCACCAGCUGGUGGUUCAGCUGAUGCAGCAGGCUGCCAAACAGGGUCACGUUAACCUCACGGUCAGACGCAAGACCCCCGGAUACGGAGUGUCAAAGGGAGAAGGCGACGUUCCCCCGUCGCCGGCCUCCUCGCACCACAGCAGCACUCAGGCGCCCAGUCUGACAGAAGGCAAGCGGACCCCUCAGGGGAGCCAGAACUCUCUGAAUACAGUCAGCUCUGGCAGUGGAUCCACCAGCGGCAUAGGCAGUGGUGGCGGCGGUGGCAGCGGAAGCGCCGUGGUCCCUGCCUCCUUGCAGCCCUACGACGUGGAGAUCCAGCGGGGAGAAAACGAGGGAUUCGGUUUCGUCAUCGUGUCGUCUGUCUCCCGGCCUGAUGCUGGCACCACAUUCGCUGGAAAUGCUUGUGUGGCGAUGCCCCACAAAAUAGGUCGCAUCAUAGAGGGCAGCCCGGCGGACCGCUGCGGCAAGCUGAAAGUUGGGGACCGGAUUCUGGCGGUUAACGGCUGCUCCAUCACGAACAAGUCCCACUCAGACAUCGUCAACCUGAUCAAGGAGGCCGGGAACACUGUCUCACUCAGGAUCAUCCCAGGCGAUGAAUCUUCCAAUGCUUCUCUGCUGACUAAUGCAGAGAAAAUAGCUACUAUCACCACCACACACACGCCUCAGACCACAGAGUUAAGGAAUCAUUCGAAGUCAAAAGGAGCUCCUCCUCCCCCUCCUUCACAAACUCAAAUGCAGGACGCAGAGUACUAUUCCGUAGACCUGGAGAGGGACAGUAAAGGUUUUGGCUUCAGCCUAAGAGGAGGACGGGAGUACAACAUGGACCUUUACGUGCUGAGACUAGCCGAGGACGGGGCUGCUGUCAGAAAUGGCAAGAUGAGGGUGGGGGAUGAGAUCCUGGAGAUUAACGGUGAGAGCACAAAGAACAUGAAGCAUUCACGAGCCAUUGAACUGAUCAAGAACGGAGGUCGAAGGGCACGGCUCGUCCUAAAGAGAGGCGACGGAUCUGUACCUGAAUAUGACGGCAGCAGUGACGGGUACCCUGCCCCACCCAGGGCACAAAACACUCCGGAAGUGAGAAGCUUGCCACCCAACAGCCGAUACCACACCUCAUUGGAGUCCAGUUAUCCACCAGACCUUCACAAACCAUCACGCCUGGAGGAAGCUGCGCGUGGCCGAGGUAUGGACAAGAACAGGGACUGGUCCGGCUCGGAUCUGAUGGACUUCCAUGGCCGGCAGUUUAACCCCCAUCUUCAUCACACCUGGAAUAACAGUCACAGUCAAAGUAAACCCCGACAGCAGUCUCCCGACAACAGCAGCAGCGGCGGCAACAAGAAGAGCCGAGGCCGCAAAGUCAAGAAGUCUGAUUCGGAGAGCGGCAUUUCCAAGCUCCUGAAAACUCUGAGGAAGGACAGCUCGGGAAAGAAGGCUGCUGCAGCUGAAAAACUGCGGGGCCGAGAGCUCUCGAGCAGCAGUUCCACUCUAGACACAAAGUUUCAUCUGCAGCGUCGUGGCUCCCUCGAUCGGUCACAGACCAGGAAGCGUAACUUGUCUCCAGAUCGCCGGCGGGCGAAAUCCAUGGACCGCAGGGCAGAUCGCGCGCAUCGGGACCACACACCUGAGAGGGAGUACGACGACGGAGGGUUCCUCUCGGUCACCCCUGAGCGUAAGCACUACGAACGGAGGCUCCUCAAGGAGUCCCCGAUAGUCGGACGAGUCAGCGAGGCCUCCACCCCUGAGCGCGUCAACAACGGCGGGGAUUCUCUCUCCAGAGGCCGCGCGUACGAGAAAGCAACAAAGAACGGCAACCUUCUGAGAGACUCUUCCCUGGAGAGGAGAGAGGAGAGGCAUCGGAUGAACGGGACAAUGGAGAGGCGAUACAGAUUGGAGAGAGACUCUUCCCCUGACAGCAGCUACACCCAGGACGAGCUGAACUAUGCAGCAGCACCCAGACUGAAGGACUACUACAGCAUGAAGAACAAUGCUGCACACAACAACGCUACCUACAACAAGACAGGACACAACAAUAACGCCGGAGGCCGCAGCUCAAACCAGAUCCCUGAGCCCAAGAGAAGGCUGUACAGAGAAAACCCUAAAGACCUCAGUAUAUAGAGAGGGGCCAAUGUUCCCUUCGCCAAUCUUUCCUCUGUCUGUGCAAACUACGUACCAUACACUGGAAUUGGACUUGUAACGAUACUAACUCAUACUCUUUAUUUGAUCCAAUUGUUUCUGAAUUGAUUUGAUUGACUAAACUACUUGUGGUCCCAUCCAGAGAUUCAUAAAUCAGCAGGGGUACAAUCCUUCUAUCAGUUUAUACUGGUUGUGUUGUCAUUGUUCUUGUUAUUUUGAACAUAACAAAGGUUGUUGUACUGUAGUAAAGGUAUUGUAUGUGCCUGCAUUUGAUAUUGCUUUUUUUGUAGGCAUUGCUGAAUUUAACUAUUUGUUCCCUUCAGAGAUCUGAAUAAUGCUUCCAUUUGUGGUAAAUCCUAAUUCCUGAGCUUGUUUUUAAAAUUGUUUUAGGUGUCCUUUUUUGCUCCUGAAUUACUGAAACUAUAGAUAAUGAUGGUUCAAAAGAACUGUGGAAGUGAAGCAAAGCUCUACAUUUAAAUUGGAUGGUGAAACUAGAGCGUUAAAUUAUAAAUAGUAAUAAUAUAUGAAAUUUCCUAAUUUUGCUCUAUUUAUUUUGAAUUUCACUCCUGUCUUGGGUGAGCUGCAUUAAAUCUUUAAGGGCUGAGGGAGAAAUGUGAGCAUGCUGUAGCCUACGCCAACUUGUGUUGCAUCAUUGUUUGACAGCCCAUCCCCUUUCCUAGGUAAAUAUUUUUCAGUCUCAGAGGCCCUGUCUACACCAACACAGAUAUUUUCUGCUGUGCUUCCACCUACCAUCCACUUAAAAAACUGAGUUUUUGAUUUAACAAAAAUAUAUAUCUAAAAAUGCUUUCCGAAGUGUAGAUUUUUAAAACCUUUGGACUAUAGAUUGGAUGUCUGGAUAUUAUUUAAAAAUAAACAUUGUCCCAGAGAUUGCCUUUUCACAUACCUGUGACUGUUCCUGUGCUAGAAACCACAACAUCAAGAGAGGCGUUUUAUAGGUUUUUCCAAAUCUGUUCUGAUCUGUCCUGAUGCUGUUUCCAUUUAACUUUCAAAAUAUGCAUAAAAAAUUUAAAGGGCCUACGUCCUCAUCUUUAUAACCUUUACUUUUGAAAUGCGAUCAGACUUGUUGCUCAUGUUUAAUAUAUCUAUUUUCAUGGAUGUCUAAAAUCUGUGGUUUACCUUGGAAUUGAGUUGUUUAUGAGAAAACGCUUUCUGAAGUGAAAUUAUUUAGAGAUGGUUUGUAAAAAAAAAAAAAAAAAAAAAAAAAAAAAAAAAUUGUAAAUUGGAUAUCUGGUAAUUAGCAAAUAUGAUGACGUUGCAGAUGUCCACUCUUGCUUUCAAAGGGGCAGUUAUUUUUUCACCUCUUGUUUUGUCCCAUCUCUCCUCCCAUCUAGCUUCAAAUUUAAGACGAAAGGUUUCAGAGGUGUGAGAUCAAAUGGCUGAUGCAAUCAAGAGAAACACAAGCCACAACUGUUUUGAGAGCAUCUUUAGCACCGCUUUAACCAACAUCGAAAUUUCAUAAAAUAUGUUGUCAAUAAUGUCAGUAUUAUUACCACCUACUGGUGAAGCAUGGUUAUUACAACGUCAACAGUAGGUGGUAAAACAUUUAAAAUGGAACUGCUGAAUGCAGACACCAUUUUUCAAACACAAAUAACAAAAAGAAAACAAGCACACCCAAAAUAUCUGGAGUACUGUGGCCAGGGUCCGAGAUUGUUUCCCCUAACACAAAUUGCUUACGGCUUCUAUAGACUGAAGCAAUUUCUUUCCACUAUGGCCAAAUCUGUUCAUGACAAAAAUGAGUUGCCCAAAACUUCUUAAAAAUCAUGUUUAGUGAUUUUGAAUAACCUGCAUUUUGCCAUACUACCAGCUGAAGCUGCCGUGAAGUAUGAUUGUUCAGAUAUGCCAAAAAAAAAAAAAAAAGAAUUACAAUUUAAGCUGAUUAUUCCUGUGCAAGAAAGAUGCAUGUGUAAGUUAAAAUGUAGUGUAACUUUGUUAGGCCUAAGAAAAACACUGUAAUCCUCCACACUUAUCUCCAGCUCAGUACUCAUGUUUAUGACACCCAUAGUCCAUCUCCUGGGCCCUGACACAACGAGCUGAUGAGGUUUUGUCGGUACGGUAACGUACGGGGAGUCCUGGUAGACGAGGCAACUAAAUCUGCCACUCUGAGCCACGCUGUCACGCCACUGGAGUCCAACUGCUGCUUUUUUUGUUUAUUUUUAUUUUAUUUUUUUAUUUGUGUGAUAAUUCUAUGUUUUGAUUUUUUUGUUUGAAAACUAAAACUAUAUAUUGGAUGAACCACAACAAAUGCAUUGUUUCAUCACCAGUGUCACUAUGGUACUGUGUUCAAGAAAAAUACAAAGCCAAACAAAAAAAAAAGGGAGCAAGUCAGAGAAAGAGAGUCACAUUUAAGAGGUUUGCCAUCACCUGUAAAGAGUUUUCUUCCUCCCCCCCACCCCCACCCCCACCCCACCCCCCAAUGUAACUACUAGGAACUCGUCAAGGAAUAAAAUGUUGCCUUUUUCUUGCACAAAAGAGAAAUUUAUGAAGAACCUCAACAGUGAGGAAUGUGAUAUUGUGUUUAUAUCUCUGAAAUGGACCUGAUGAUUUAUGGUAAAUAUGUUGAUUUACUCUGGGUCAGGUAUGUAAAGACAUUUUAAAAAUGAAAGACUGUAUUUGGUCAAUCAAAAGCUCUUAAAUGGUUUGAAUCUCUCUAUCGUUAGCCUGCCUUUGUAUUAUAAAGCACUUGUAUGCAGUCCGUGUUCUUCAAGCAUUAUUUCUUGCAAUGUGCUCCAGACAUAAUGCUGUCUCUGUGUUGAUAAAAGCAGUACAUGUAUAUGGGCCAAUUUUUUAUAUAACUAUGCAUAUAUAAAUACUACAUUGUUCAUAGCUUUAUUUGACCCAUGAAGCUAUACAUAACAUUAGUCAAAGUAAAAGUAGAUGUGGACUUAUCCAGCUUCUUUUCCUUCAGAUGGAUUACAAUGUAUAUGUAGCUAUCAAAAGAAGUCUGUGGAUGCUAUUUUUAUUAUCAAAUAAAGUUUUCCAUACAAAUUCAAA